CUCUUGCUGUGGUGAGUGGGAGCCAGGACCCCAAUUUGGGAACCAAGGCCAAAGACUGUUUUAAGAAAAUGGCAGACAAGUUGGACAUGGGGGAAAUUGCCAGCUUUGACAAGGCCAAGCUGAAGAAGAUGGAGACGCAGGAGAAUGCCCUGCUGACUAAAGAGACCAUUGAGCAGCAGGAGUGGAGUGAAAUUUCCUAAGAACCUGCGGAAGUCCCCACCCCCAUUUUCUUUGGGACCCCAGUUGUGAUGUGGAGAAAAAGCUACCUGCGGGAUGGACAGGAGGGACAAACUGCCCUGUGAACCUGGACACGUUGUGCCCUUGCCUUUGGCCUGUGGAUCUCUGAGUGGACUCUCCUCCAUUCAAAAGGCCAAAUUCUCCAGUUUGCCUUGGGAUAUUGUAGAAAGUUAUCUGUAUGAUUAAUAAAAAUAAAACACCCCUCAUGAAAAAAAAAA